AUGGCCACCGCCGCCUCCCACCACGCUCUGCUUCUCCCGUACCCCACUCUGGGCCACGUCCUCCCCCUCAUGGAGAUUGCCCACCGCCUCGUCGCCACUGGCUUCACCGUCACCUUCGUCAACACAGAGCACAACCACCGCCGCCUCCUCCCCGCCGCCGCCGCCGGCCUCCGCCUGGUGGCGCUGCCGGACGGUCUCCCUCCCGGCGAUGACAGGGAGGAUAUUGGCCGCCUCACCGCCGCCGUCGUGCGGAUCAUGGCCCGCCACUUUGAGGAGCUCAUCCGCGAGACAAACUCCGGCGGCGACUGCGCCGGCGAGAUCACCUACAUGGUGGCGGACCAGGGUCUCGGUUGGGCCUUCGACAUAGCAAAAAAUGCCGGCAUCCCUGCGGCGGCGUUCUGGGCAGCUUCGGCGGCGACUCUGUCGACGAUUCUCAGCAUCCCCAAGCUCGUCCAAGACGGAAUCAUCCUCCCCGACGGUAAGAAGAAGAAGAAGAAAGGAGGAAGAAGAAGAGAGAGUUUUGUUUUAUAGGGUUUCGGGUGACUGGUGCAGGAAGGGGGACAGAGAAGGAGACGUUCCAGCUGGCAGCGGGAAUGCCGGUGAUGAACCAGAAGCACCUGAGCUGGAACCGCUUCGGGAACCCGGCGGCGCAGCAGGUGAUGUUCAAGCUCUUCGUGGACAACAACGCCGCCACCGACGACGGCGAAGUCCUCCUCCUCUGCAACUCCUUCCCGGGGAUAGAAGCUCCCACCUUCUCCUUCCUCCCCCGGAUCAUCCCCCUGGGGCCGCUGCUCGCCGGCCGCCCCCGCUUCAUGCCGGAGGACCCCGGCGGUGCCGCCUGGCUCGACGCCCAUCCUCCCCGCUCCGUCAUCUACGUUGCCUUCGGGAGCCUCACCACCUUCCACCGGCGGCAGCUCGAGGAAAUCGCGCAGGGGCUGGAGCUCUCCGGCCGGCCGUUCCUAUGGGUGCAGCGGUCCGCCGGCGGUGGCGACGACGACCCGCCGGAGUUGCACCGGCGGCGGGGGAAGGUGCUGAGGUGGGCGGCGCAGCAGGAGGUGCUGGCGCAUCCGGCGGUGGCGUGCUUUCUGACCCACUGCGGAUGGAACUCCAUCGUUGAAGGAGCGGCCAACGGGGUCCCCUUUCUGUGCUGGCCGUGCUUCGGAGACCAGUUCCUGAACAGAGAUUACAUCUGCGACGUUUGGAGGACGGGGCUGAGCUUGCCGGUGCCGGCGGAAGGGGAGGGCGUCGUCUCUGGGGAGGAGAUCCGGCAGGGAGUGGAGAAGGUGAUGGGAGACCAGGGGAUGAGGGAGAGGGCUCUGCGGAUCCGGGAGGCGGCGGAGAGGAGCUCACGAGAGGGAGGAGACUCCUACCGGAACUUUCAGAACUUCGUCGACGCCAUGAAGAAGAAGAAGCUCUGA